UCGCUUCGCGUCAAAGUGCGUCAAGGUCGCGAAAAGCCGCGUUCGUUUUGUUUACACUUUUCUUUCCAAAACGCCGACCCAAGCGGCAUUCGUUUUUUUCUUUGCAUUUUCCACCCGCCCCCCUUUCAAGUAGUCGCGAUUUUCACCGCCCCAACCAAAGUGUGGAUUAUUGCCCGGCGAAAAUCCUUGAAAAUCGACAGAAUGAAAUCAUCGACCGUGAAGCGCAGAGGAGGAAAACCGUUUUGCUCGUGCGUGAUUGUGAAUUAUUAUUAUUAGAGUCGCCGCUGGGUUUUCCGGGUGUAAAAUUGCCGUGUGAAAUUCAUCGAAUAGUUUCGUGACAAUGAACGACAAUCCGGGAGUGACCCUGUUCAACGAGCAUGCCGGAAGUAUCCAGGUUAACAAUACCAGUGCCCUGCACCGGGCCGAGGAGGAGGAAGCGCUGGAAGAUCAUCGGCGACGGGAGCAGGAGCUGGCCAAAGAGAUGGAGAACGCCUUUGAUGAUUUGAUUGAUGACGAUCAAAACGACGAUACGCUGAACUCUUUGAACUAUCUUUCCAACCACUCGGAACAGUCGACGCCACCGCCGCCGCUCCCGAUUAGUAACAGGGUGCUGGAAGGUGUCGCUUUGAAGAAUGGAGUUGGGCCGAGCCAUGGGGAAGGUGGGGAUGGCCAUCACGUAUCCCACUGGAAGCAAAUGUUCGAAUCGAAGCAGCGUGAAUUCGAGCACGUUACGAGGCUGAUGCAUGACAAAAGCAAAGAAUUCGAACGACAAGCGAAUGAGCUGAAGAAGCGUCUGAUGUUGGCCGAAGGGGAACGGGACCGAGCAAACAUGACCCGGACGCAAACCCAUGACAUAUUGGUGGAAAGCAAAACUAAAAUUUCCGAACAGGAAGACAUGAUCUCGAAGCUAAAGGACAAAAUCAAAUCGCUGGAGGAAACGAAUCUCAAACUUGAAGCGGAUUUGGAGCACAAGAAAACGAUGCUCCAGGAUACGCUUCACAAGUACCACAUGGUGGAGCAAUCGAUGGGCAUGAAGGCCGACCGACACACGGAUCACCUGCUGAAGCAAGCCGAGGAGAAACACAACGCCAAGGUCACAAUGAUGCAGCAGCAGAUCGAAAACCUCCGCGCAGAACUAGACGACCGGGUGCAAGAAGUUCGCCGGUGGGAGGUCCGCUACAAGGAACUGCAAUCGAUGCGGGACGCACUGCUGGUGGAGAAAACGGAAACCAUUCAACGGUUGCAGGACAGCCUGGAAGAUUCGCAAAGGCAGUGUGAGAACUUGAUGGCGAAGACAAUGAGCGUGACCAACUUUAGCCAGGACAAUUUGCGACUCAAGACCAAGGUUAACGCGCUGGAACAGCAAACGCAAGACAUGCAGAGAACGAUCAAUACGCUGACACACAGAUUAGAAACCACCAAUGCGGAGCUGGAACUUAUGGACAGUGUUCUGUGCUCCAGCGACGAGCAAGGAGGCAGCCCUGGUAAAGAUCCAACGUGUACCUUUGCGGCGUCUCGCAAAAAUCUCAUCGGCAGCACGCCAAUCAAUCCAAAUUUGAACAGAAACACCGAAGAUCGGGUCGCCAAGUUGAAGCAAGAACUCCUGCUGUGCAUGAACGGUCAGAAAGAGAAAAGGGAAGCAAUCAAGCGGCUAGAGUCGGAACUUGCAGCCAAGGAACAGGAAGUUCAGCAACUUAAGAAAGACGAAAGUCAAGCACUAGUGCAGAUGAAUCAAUACAAGGAAGAAGCCUUCAGGGUGAAUUCCAAGUGUAAACUGCUAGAGGCAGAGCUGGACAAAUUGUGCAAAAAGGAUCAAAACAGUUCCAAGCAUGGGCGAAGGUCAAGCUUCGAUAGGCAAGAGGCACUAGAAGACAAGAUAUUCGCACUGAAGCAAGAGAAAGUGGAACUGGAGGAAAAGUUUGACAGGCUGGAACAUGAGAACCAACAAUUACAAGAACGCAUGAGAAAAAUGGUUUCAGAUUCGCAAUCGCUUGACACCGUCAAGCUUGAAUUGGAGAAACAGAAAUUCCUUCUGAAAGAUUCCCAAAACGAAUGCGAACGGUUGAAGAACCUAUACAUCGAGAUAUCCGGCAGUAAGGACACAUUGAACAGAGAACUGACAACGCUACGGUCCCAAGAUUCGGCAAAGGAAAUCCUCGUGCUACGGGAAAAGGUUGCAUCACUGGAACGAGCCCUACAGCUGGCAGAGUUGAAAUCAUCCGAGUUGGCUAAGUUACUCGAAAAGGAAAAGAUCGAACACGAGAAGCUUCUGCGAGAUCUGCAGGAGAAGCACGAUAGUAGUCGAGAGUCGAAGGACGUGAAACAGUCCUCCAAUAGCUGUGUCCGAUGCAUAGACAAUUUGACGGAGCUUUCAAAGAUAGAAAUCCAGAACUUGCAGUUGCAGAACACAUGCGCAUCGCACCUGAAAGAUAUCAAUGAGCUGAAGAACGCGCUGAAAGAAGCUCGUGCAACCAUCAGUACGCUGCAUGAGAAACUCGACCUUAAAGCGGAGCGAGAUCAUCUAAUCGACGAAUUGAAGGAAAAAGCCAUUCAAUUCGAACAGUUUAUGCGAUCCAAGAACACCAGCCAUAGCACCAGCAGUAGCAGCGGAAAUAGCUCUACCAAGGACAGUGCCACUUCCCCUCAGCCACUGGAGAAACAACAACGCCAGUCACGUGACCAGAGCGUCAACACUUCAUCUGAGUAUCACGAGAUGAAUGAGGCGGAAAGCAGGAAAGCAGCUCGGGAACAAGAACAUCGAAUACGAGAAGAGAUGGCAAGGGCUUUUGCCGCCGAAAUCAAAGUGAUAGAGGAAAAGUUUAAAGAACAGUUUACAAAGUUCGAGCAAAACAUCACAGAAUUGAAGAAAGAGUUGCACGAUAGGAUCAAUGAACUUCUAUUACGAAACAAAGAAAUCGAAGUUUUGAAAUAUGCGAUCGUGACCGAGCGGGAAAAGAUGUCGGAAAUCUUGGCCAAGAAGGACGAGGACGCCAGGAGGUUAUUCGACAAACAGGCUGAAGUGAUGAAAAAAUACAAAUCCGAACUGGAAAACACCCACCGUAAAGUGCAAUUUCUCGAAGGAGAACUCCAAGAGAAGCGGGAAUUGAUACAGGCAGAGCGCGAAUCGAUGGAGAAGCUCAUCAAGCAAGUCACCGAGGAGCGGAAACUGUUCAAGGAGCACGAGAAUGAAUUGAUCGAAAAGUUCAAGGAAAUGGAAACCGAAUACAACAAAAGCCUGGAGAUGAUUACCGAAAAGUAUAAUUCGGUGAAGAAGACGGCUCUCAACUAUAAGAAAUACGCCGAAGACAAGGAGCAACACAUGAUGAAGGAAUACGAUCGCAUCAAGGAUGGCUACAACGCGGCCCUGCUCAAAGUGCAAAACCGCAUGAAGGAAGCACUGGAAAGCAAGGACCGCAGCAUGAAGGAACAGAUUUCGAAAGUGGAAUCGGAAUACCAGUCCAAGCUGAAGCUGUUGAAAUCCAGUACCUAAACAUAUCACAAAGUACAAUCAUUGGAAACGUGUUCUUGCCAGUUUUAUCACAAUUGUACUAAAUCAUACUGCCGGUUACUGCUUGUAGAUGUACUUAUUAUAAUAGUGCUUCUAGGAAAACCAAGUAGCGCCAAUUGUAAGCUGAAUAGUGUAAUCGCGAGAAAGGAAUGCCUUCGAUGUAUAUUAGACCAUGUGUACGGAUUAGAAACUGUACUCACAUUCGUGUUUGAAAACUGCCUUACCUAGUAGCGCCCAGCCCUGCCCUAUUCUGCCAUAUAUGUACAAUCAUUUUAUGUGUAGGAAGUAAACCAUUUUAACCAAUAGAUACAAGUGAUGGUGCAGAUUUUGAAACCUACCAGUUUAUCCGUCAUAAGUAUUAUAAAUGGGAAUAAAUGUCCGUGUUAUGAAAACCA